AUGUCCACAGCCACGACGUCAGCCAACACACAUCCCACCACCCACGCCAUAUCCACUGUCCUCGGUACAGAAUCAUACAAAUCAAUUAACUCCUCCAAAAUCCUCAUCGUCGGCGCUGGUGGAAUUGGCUGUGAGCUACUGAAGAACGUUAUCCUAUCUGGCUUCACAGACGUGCACAUCAUCGACCUCGACUCGAUUGACCUCUCUAAUCUCAACCGCCAAUUCCUCUUCCAAGCGCGGCACAUCAAGCGUAGCAAAGCGGUCGUAGCCAAAGAAACAGCGAGCACGUUCAACCCAAAUGCGCUUAUAACACCCCACCAAGCCAACGUCAAGGAGACUCAUUACAACGUCUCCUGGUUCGCCCAAUUCGACGUGGUCCUCGGCGCACUCGACAACCUCGACGCGCGCCGUCACGUCAACAAGAUGUGCCUAGCUGCAGACACGCCUCUUAUCGAGAGUGGAACCACGGGAUACUCAGGUAACGUCCAGGUCAUCAUCAAGGAUAAGUUUGAAUGCUACGAUUGUCAGGUGAAGCCAACUCCCAAGACUUACCCGGUGUGCACCAUCAGAAGCACCCCUUCUGCUCCCAUUCACACUAUCGUAUGGUCUAAAUCCUACUUACUACCACACGUCUUUGGCGAGGCUGAGGAUGAGGGUGAGCUUGACCGCGCUGAACUCGACGGUGAGAAUGGUGACGAAAUCAAAACGCUCAGGGAGGAGCAAGGCUCGUUCAACAAGAUACGCGAGGCUGUCAAGAGUGAUGGUGGGCCGCGUGUCUUAUUUGACAAGAUUUUCAACCGCGAUGUCAGACGAUUGUUGCAGAUGGAGGAUAUGUGGAAGACGCGUACUCCGCCCACCCCUCUCGAGUUUGACGAAGCGAGUACGUCUACAGCGCACCCCACAUCUUCUGGCGCCAGUAAGGGUGAGGGUGACAGCGCUACUGAGAAUACCGCCGAGAGUGCCAUCGCAGACCAGCGCAAACUCACUCUUGCAGACAACGUUGGUCUCUUCCUCGACGCUACUGCCCGUCUCGCCCAGCGCUCUUCUAACACGACCCACCCGAUCGAAUUCGACAAGGACGACCGCGACACGCUCGAAUUCGUCGCAGCUGCUUCUAACCUCCGUUCAAUAGUCUAUGGCAUACCCACCAAGACGCUCUUUGAAGUGAAGGAGAUGGCGGGAAACAUUAUCCCUGCGAUAGCCACCACGAAUGCAAUUAUAGCUGGAGUGCAGACGAUGAAAGCGAUCAAUGUGCUCACGAGGCAGAUGGAGCUGUGCAAACCGAGUGUUUAUCUCGGCUCGCAGUUGAUAGCAGCUCCGUUCGAGACACCUAAUGCAGGAUGCACAACUUGUCGCGAUGUCUACCUCACCCUGCCAGUGAAGGCGGAGGAGGUGCGUCUGAGCGAGUUUAUAGAUGCUCUCAGGAGUAGAGUGGCCGUGUACGCUGAUCCAUCGCGCGAACUUGCCGUGUUUGAGAGAGAACGUCUCCUCUAUGAUCCAGAUUUCGACGAAAAUCUAGACAAAACCCUCAUGCAGCUGGGAUGCGGCGAGAAUACAUUCAUCACUCUCGUUGAUGAGGAUGGCGAGGUGGAAAAUGUUACCGUCGUUCUCGCUAUGCCUGGGGAGGAGAAGAUUGCCCUUCCUCACUCUGACUCUAUCAAACAGCCUGCAAAGAAGGAGAAGAAACUCGCUCCUGUCGCUGAAAACUCACGCAAGAGAGGCCGUGAUGAUGAUGCAAACGAUGACAGUACUAAUACACAAACUUACACUGAAAAUGCUCAGGGCGUCGUUAGCAUCGUUGAUAGCAGCGACGACGAAGGCCCACCGCCAGCAAAGAAAAUGCACACCGAUGGACCAAUUACGCUCGACGACAGUGAUGAUGAGGGUGCUGAAAAAGGUGCUGAAAAAGAUAUCAAUCACGCUGCUAACCACACCGACAACCAUACUGCCAAUCAAUCUCCCCCUUCAAACGACAAAGUCAUCAGUUUAGACGACUAA